AUGUCACUUAUCGAAUCUAAAGAACAGGUUUCAGUACCUAAUGAUUACACCAUUAUAAGGUUGAAGCGUAAACGUACUGAAGAACCUUUAGACGCGCUUGUGGUUCAACAACUUUUUGGAAUUGGAACUAAUCAUAAUCAUAAAAAGAAAAAACCAAAACGUAAGGGUAGUCUUUUAGUUAAUAACAAAUUGGGAAAAGACGAAGUUCUUGAAAAUGAAGAACAGCAAGAAACAUCUCUUCCAUUUAUAUUUCGAUUCGCCGAAACAGUCGAUGAAAUUAGUUUUAUUGAUUCAACCAAAUCACAACAAUUAAAAGAUCGGAUAGCGAAAUUGAUUAAUCGCAAGGACUCUAUUAAACGAAAAGAACCUGACAUUAAACAUAAUCGUGAAAAGAAAAUUUCCAUGUUUAAAGAGAAUGUACGAAAAGAAAGAUAUAAGGUAAUAGAUAAAAAUCGACAAAAAAAAGAGGAAGAAGUUGCUGAUGAAUUAUUUAAAAUGUAUGAUGCUGUUAAAGAGGAUGAAACGACAAUUAAACCUAAAACUUGGUUUGAUGAAAAUGAAAUUUUCUCGAAUGAAUUAUCUUCCCAAGAAGAAUAUGUAUAUUCUGAUGAAGAAGAUUCAAAUGCGGAAGAUUAUUAUAAACAUGAUUAUCCCGAUGAAGAAAUACUUUGGAGUGAGCAGGAUGGAAAUUCCUCGGAUGAUGAUUAUUUUUUGAAAGAUUAA